GCCAAUGAGCUCUGAGAUCAGUCCAAAGAGACUCUUUCUUUCUCUGACCCCAGUUUUCUGCCCCUCGGAGCUGGGCCUGCAUUCCUCAGAUCAUAGCUAUGCUUCCUACUUAUGGCAUCCAGGCAGAUUUUCAAGCCCCACCCCUACCCCCGCACAUAGGUCAAAAGGCUGUAACUGGGGGUUGUUGCUUCAGCCAGAGACCAAAUGCAUUGUUUAGUCCAUGUGAACCAUCAGCUCCCACUCUGCUCAAAGGAGAAGCCUCUUUCCUCACAGGUAUGGGAGGCCCCAUAGUCCAAUAGUGGAACAAGUGCUUUGCAUGCACAAGGGCUUGGGUUGAGUCUUCUUCAUCUUCUGUCAAAGGAUUUUAGCUAGCUAGGGAAAGGCUUCUGCCCAAGAGCGGCUGGCAGCCAGAGUAGGGCAAAGUGAGCCAGGGGUAUGACUUGGUAGAAGGCAGCUGCAUUGGUAUGUUCAGCAGAUAGAGCCUGGCCAUUGCACUCCCUUCUGGAGCGUAGUUGGUGAGGGCUGUCUUGCCAGUGCUAUGCAAUAUAUUCCUCUUCAACCCUUGCUUGUUUCCUUGGGUGGACCACCUCACCCACAAUCCCAGGCUGCACUGGUUAACCUAGGCAGAAAGGAGAGGCAAUUUCUAUCAGGGCUAUGGGCCAUCCUCAUUUCCAGAUUCCUGCUUUAUUUCCUCUCUUUCAGGUCAUCCCAGAAAUCUGACCCAUGUUGCUCCAUGUCCUGGGGGACCCAUGUUGCACCAUGUUCUGGGGGACCCUCUGGGGGAAGAGCCCAGUGAGGCAAACUUGGUGCCAGGACCCCUUCCAGGACUUCAUGUCCCCACUGACAUUCUGGGGAAAGAGCUCAAGGAGGAAACCUCAAUGCUAGGAUCCCUUCCAGAACCUCGCGUCCCCACAGAUAUUCUGGAGGAAGAGCUCAAUGAGGGAACGUCGGUGCCAGGAUCCCUUCCAAAACCUCAUGUCCCCACUGAUAUUCUGGAGCAAGAGCUCAAUGAGGAAAUGUCGGUGCCAAGAUCCCUUCCAGAACCUUGCAUCACCAAUGACAUUCUGGGGAAAGAGCUCAAUGAAGCAACCUCAGUGCCAGGAUCACUUUCAGGACCUCGCAUUUCCACUGAUACUCUGAAGGAAGUGCUCAAUGAGGAAACCUCAAUGCCAGGAUCUUUUCCAGGACCUCGCAUCCACACUGAUAUUCUGGAGGGAGAACUCAAUGAGGCAACUUCAGUGCCAGGAUCCCUUCCAGCUUCUCAUGAUGUUCCUGAAGGCCCUGCUGCAUGUCUCCGCCCCCCUGGGUCCGGUUCAUUAUUAUCUUCUGCCUCGCUGGAAAUUGGCUCCAUCCCACCCUCCACCUCUACCUCUUCUUUCCUCCUGCAUCCCUCUUCCCCUCCUCUCCUUCCCCACAUCCUCUAGAGCUGGAACUCAGCGAUGUAAAAGAAACUCUGCAGAGUUUGAUGAAUUUGCAGUUCCAUCAUCUGAAUGACCGCCAAAGACACCUCCGCAUCUGCCAGGAAUUUUUGCAAAACAUCAAGGCACUGAGGGGAGAUCUCCGAAGACUGCAGAGCAGACUGGCAAGGGUGGAAGCCACUAUUGGGAUCCUGGUUCCUCCAAAGGAACUGGAUGUUGAGGAGGAAAAAGAGAAAGACCAAAACCAGCAAUAAAAUGCUGCAUAUUUAUUUAAAAAAUAUUAAACAUGUGUUUUAAUAGGAUAGGAUGUAGAGAUAAAACAGCAAUAGAACAUGCAU